UACCACUAAAAAAGAAAACCCAUCUCCUCCUAAACAAACACAAAUGUGGGAAAAAAAAAACAUUUUUUGAAGGUAAAAGUCUUUUUUGGUGCAAAGUGGGGAAUUUUUUAUGUCAUAUUCGUGUCAAAUCAUAUAUUACCAUGUAUAUUACUCUAUCCUAUAUAUGCUCCAAAGUCUAUCUUGGUCUUCAGUGCAAGAAAUCUUCUCUUUUUAUAAUUUAUUUCUUCAAAAGUUUCUUCUAAGCAUUACUUUCUAUUCUAUCAAAAAUCCCAUAAUUUAACACAUUCUCUUUACCAAAUUAACACUCUCCAUACUAUAAAGCUCAGAUCUGCCAACAGUGAUUGAAUUAUCCAGAAAUAAAAUGUAUUAUUUUAGGUGGCUCCUAGGUUUUCUUCACCUACUUAUAUGGGGAUCAAUCAUCCUGGUCCAUGCUAUUCCAGCACCAGACCCGGUUCAAUGCAACCGAACAAUCUGUACCCUCUCCAGUUCCUAUGGUGCAUGGGGAGAUCGAAAGGACUGCAGUGUCAAAAGCGUUGUAUACCCAACGACUGAAGAAGAGCUUCGCUCUGCCGUCGCUCACGCCAAUAAAAACAAACUCAAAGUGAAAGUAGUCAGCAAGUUUUCACACACGAUCCCCAAACUAGCUUGCCCUUCAUCACUGGGUCAUGAUUCGUUGUUGAUAAGUACGGCGAAAUAUGAUUCCGGUAUCGAGAUUGAUUCGGUCAAUUUGGCGGUGACGGCCGAUGCCGGAGUGGCGCUACGGGAUGUGAUUGAUAAGGUUGAAGAGGCGGGGUUGAGCCUGGUUGCGGCGCCGUAUUGGGAGGGUGUGAGCGUGGCGGGGAUGAUAAGCACCGGGGCACAUGGAAGUUCGUGGUGGGGCAAAGGAGGAGCUGUUCAUGAUCAUGUUAUUGGGCUCAGCAUGAUUGUUCCAGGUAAUGAAUCAGAAGGGUAUGCAAAAGUAAAACAAAUUGGAGCACAAGAUCAACUCCUUAAUGCUGCAAAAGUUUCUUUAGGAAUUUUGGGUGUCAUCUCCAAGGUGAAGUUGUCUCUGGAGAGAGGAUUCAAGAGAAGCAUUACAUAUAAUUUCACAAGUGAUUCUUCAAUUGAAAACAAUUACAUGGAACAUGGAAAGAAAUACGAGUUCGGAGACAUCACAUGGUAUCCAUCAAAACAUACGGCAGUGUAUAGAUAUGACAGUAGAGUUCCCAUGGACACCCCUGGCGAUGGAAUUAACGACUUUCUUGGCUUUCAAUCCAAUGAAAUCCUCAUCUCUAAAUCGGUCAGAGCAUCAGAAAAACUAUUCGAGAGUACCAAAAGUGUGAAUGGAGAAUGCACGCUGGCGGAUACUACAUUAUGGUACAAGAAGCAAAUUGGCAAUGGAUUGAAGAACAAUGGGCAGAUUUUCACAGGUUAUCCAGUAGUGGGUCGCCAAGGGAAAAUGCAGACAUCAGGUUCAUGCUUAUAUUCACCUAAAACAAGAAUCGAUGCCUCCUGUGCUUGGGAUCCAAGAAUCAAAGGACUAUUCUUUUAUGAAUCAACGGCAAUGUUUACUGCUACAAAGUUUGGAGACUUCAUCAAAGAUGUUAAAAAAUUGAGGGACCUUAAACCAGAAAACUUUUGUGGGAUCGAUCACUAUAAUGGGUUCUUGAUUCGAUACAUAAAGGCUUCAAAGGCAUAUCUAGGCCAAUCUGAGGACUCCAUAGUUGUUGAUUUCAACUAUUAUCGAGCUGAUGAAGCUUCCACCCCGAGGUUAAACCAAGAUGUAAUGGAAGAAGUGGAGCAAAUGGCGUUUUUCAAGUAUGGGGCUCGCCCACAUUGGGCUAAAAACAGGAACUUGGCGUUUUUGAAAGUUCAAAGUAAGUACCUAAACUUUAAUAUGUUUAUUGCAGUGAAGAAGCAAUUAGACCCAGAAAAUAUGUUGUCGAGUGAAUGGUCGGAUGAGAUAUUAUUUGGGAAAGAAGGUGUUGGAAGUGAUGGAUGUGCUUUAGAAGGGCUUUGCAUAUGUUCAGAAGAUAGACAUUGCAGUCCAAGUAAAGGGUAUUUUUGCAAACCAGGGCUUGUUUACAGUGAAGCUAGAGUUUGCAGAUAUUCACCAUCAUCCUCCAAUCUUUGAUUUUUUUAGCGGAUUGGUCUUCAGGUCAUCCAAGGGCUCCUUGAUAUCCUCUUUCCUUUGGAGGGCUUCCACUAACUCAACAACCUAGGCACGAACUCUAUCACGCUCAGCCACCAGUUGGUCGCAACAGAGAAUCAAUGUCUCCUUUUCCUUCUUCAGGGUGUCAUUAGAAGUUUCGAAGAAGCCCACCUGAGUUUGCAAGCGAUUGGCCUUAUCUUUAGCUCUGCCUGCUAAAGUAUACGCCUCGAGUUUGGCCUUCGGAAGCUCAUCCACCACCCACUAACACUCCGUCAACUCAUCUUUAACCUUCUUCAAUGUAUCAUUAAACUUCAGUGCUUCUUGCUUUAAGACUUUAAAAUAAUUAAGUAUAUAGUCUAUAUUUGUUUGCA